AUGGAUUUCUGUACUCGCAGCUAUAUUUUCAUCGCCUUUGGUCUUCUGUCAUUGGUUCAAUUUGGGAAAAGCAAGCACUGUGUGUGGCGUUUUCUCGAGAACCACACCACUGGAAAGGCUCAUUGCACGGAUGAGCACAACACAUGGGAAUAUCCAAUUGGGGAUUGCCAGCGAAAUCUUCACCCCGGGUCAUCUCAAGGAUCAAACUGUGGCAACCCUUCCAAUUAUGCAAAUAACGUAGCUUGCGAGAGUUAUGAGCCAUGGAACGGAGGUGUACCAGGUACUCCGUACAAAUGUCAUCACAUAACUAUUUCAGGAGCACCUGAGCCAGUCAAGUGCGAAGUUAUCACCAAUAAAGCUAGUUGUAAGGAAGGCCACGGAAGGUUUAUAAACGCUAAUCCUCACCACUGA